AUGCUGAAAGGUUUGCCAAUGAGAAAUGCAAAAUCAGAAGGUUUACAUUUACUUAAACUUUUAAAUAUAUUGCAAAACGAAGAUGAACUAGUAAGUAAUCUUUCUGGAGGAAUGAAACGUAAGUUGUCUCUUGCAAUUGCGUUAGUUGGUAAUCCUCAGAUUCUAAUAUUCGAUGAACCAACUUCUGGAAUGGAUCCUGAAUCCCGAAGAGAAAUGUGGGAUUUACUCUUGUCUUUUAGAGGAACAAGAACUAUUUUGAUAACAACACAUUUUAUGGAAGAAGCUGAUGUCCUUGGUGACAGGAUUGCUAUCAUGGACCAUGGAAAAGUUAUAUGCUAUGGCUCUUCAUUAUUUUUAAAAAAAGCUUAUGGAACUGGUUAUAAUUUGACUAUUGUAAAAGAAGAACCAUGUAAUGAGUCUAGAAUUAUAGAAGCAAUUAAAGAAAUUAUACCAGGAGCAGAAGUUCAAAGCUCAUUGACUGCUCAAGUUGUUAUUAAUCUACCAAAUGAAAACACUGAUCAAUUUCCAGAUAUAUUUAGAAUACUAGAACUUAAUAGAGAAAAAUUCUCUAUAAAAGGAAUGGGUAUAUCUUGUACAACGAUGGAAGAAGUUUUUCUGAAAGCUGAAAAAAAAAUAUCAGAUGAUGAUAAUGAUGAUGUUGCAUCUAUAAACACACCAGUAGAUACUGGUAGUUAUCAGUUAAUCAUAACGAAGGAAGAUGAUUGUAAUAUUGAUCAAGUGACCAAUUUAAUUCAACAGUAUGUACCUGAAUGCAUUUUGAUGGGAGAUAUGGAAAUGCAAAUUAUAUUUAACCUACCAGCUAGAAAAAAAAAUCAAUUUGGUGCCCUAUAUUCUGCCCUCGAAUUUCAAAAACAAAAUUUCUACUUAAAAAGUGUUAAAAUAACUAAUCCAACUACAGGCGACAUCUAUCCAAAUUCAAUCACAGCUGGAGAUUAUGGAGAUGAAACAAAACAACCAUCUAAUAAUGAUGUCACACAAACAUUGAUGCCAAAGUAUACAAGUGGAAUAAUUUUAAUGAAAAAUCAGUUUAAAGUAUUGUUGGAAAAAAAAAUCAUUUUUACAUAUAGAAGAUGGCUUUUGGCGUUAUUUUUUGCAAUUGGACCAAUUCUGUUUGGCUUGUUAGUUAUGAAAUCAACCAAUUAUUUAGUCAAUCAAACAGUGGUUUCCCAUGAAUUAAAUUUAUCAUUGAGCACCUACAAGGAUAGCAGUGUAUAUUACCGUGCUGGAGAUAAUUCUCCUAAAAAUUUGGAACCGACAUUUGUAGCUAUUUCUAAAACAAAUAAAGCUACUGUCAAAGAAACAUCGUCAGAAAAUAAUAUAAUUAAUGAUCUAUUACAAAUGUGCAAAGAUAAUGUAUUCAAUUACAGAACAAAUCUUAUGAUUGCUGGUGACUUUAACCAAACAAAAUCAACUGUUAUAUACAAUAAUAUAGCUAUUCAUACUCCAGCAAUUGCAGUAAACCUGUAUUCUAAUGCUCUACUACAAAAGUUGUCAGGAAAUAAUGAAUCACAUAUUUCAACUGUUAAUGAACCACUUCAUUUAGAUAGUGUGAAUGUUUGUGAUGAAAGACUUGGGAUGGCACUUGUAUUUCUCUGGAUAAUUACUUUCACGCCUGGAUUACUGUAUUUAAUAGGAUAUUUUAUAGCGUUACCAUUACAUGAAAGAGUUAGUGGCAUUAAACACUUACAAAUGAUGACUAAACUUUCACCAAUCAUGUAUUGGGUUACAUGUUUCAUUUGGGACUAUUUUUGUUAUAUAAUUGUGGUUUUAUUAACAUUGGCCGGUAUGUAUUUAUUGGAUAAAAACGACAUAUUUACUGGUUCUAAUGAAGUUGGUGCUCUAUUAACAUUACUACUUAUUUAUGGAUGGAGUGCCAUAUUCUAUGCAUAUGUUUAUAGCUAUUUAAAAAAUACCCUUGUCAGUUCCAUGUUAGUGUUCAUUGCAGUUAAUUUUAUAUUAGGAAUGUUUAUAAAUACUGGCUUGUAUAUUUUGAAAGACGUAAUAAGAGCCGAUAAUAAAACUAGUUCCUUUAACACGUUGAAUUUAAUAAGGUUAAUAGUUUUAAUUAUUCCACAUUUUUCAUAUUCAUCAUGUAUAUCAGGAUUUCUGCAAAUAACGUGGGAAAACAACAUGUGCAGAGUAUGUAAAUCACCUUUAAUGAAUGAAAUAUGUAAAAAUCCUAAUGUCUCUGAACGAAAAAGUUAUUUUGUUUUCAAAUCCGAUGAAAAUCCAAAUGCCAUACUAGAAGAAACUUUACUUUUAUUAUUUAGUAGUAUACUGUAUAUAUCUAUUAUAUUAUUUUUUGAUUAUAAAAUAUUUCAUCGGUUACAUCAGUUUGUUUUUAACAAAAUAAUUGGCACUGGUGUUAGUUAUAAAGAUAUGAAUGAAGAUCCAGAUGUUGGCGGUGAAAGAGACAAAGUUGAUGCAGCUAAAACUUGUUCAAGUAAUGCAUCAUCGCCAUUAUUGCUGGUUGAUGACUUGGUUAAAAAGUUUAGUUUUAAAUUCACUGGGGUCAGGGGUAUAAGUUUUGCCGUUUCCCCUGGUGAAUGUUUUGGCUUACUUGGUGUAAAUGGUGCAGGUAAAACUACUACAUUCCGAAUUUUAACUGGUGAUACAUUUCCUUCAAAAGGCGACGCUUCUAUUCUGACGGAUAAGUUGUACAAACUCAGCACUAAUAUAAAUCAGUAUGUUUCUUUGAUUGGUUAUUGCCCUCAAUUUGAUGCAAUAAAUGAUCAACUCACUGGAAGAGAAACUUUAAGACUAAUGGCAAUUUUGAGAGGAAUAUCGCCAACAAACACCAAAAAACAUGUUGAUAAAUGGAUUAAACUUUUAGGUCUUGAAGAAUAUAAAGAUCGAGUCUGCGGAAAAUAUAGUGGUGGUAAUAAGAGAAAAUUAAACACUGCAAUGGCAUUAAUUGGGGAUCCUCCAGUUGUGUUUUUGGAUGAACCCACUAGUGGAGUAGACCCUGUGGCAAGACGUAAUUUAUGGCAAUUAUUAGCCGCUAGUCAGAGAGGUGGACAAGCCGUUGUACUUACAUCACAUAGUAUGGAUGAAUGUGAAGCACUUUGCAACCGUUUGACAAUAAUGGUGGACGGUGUUAUGAAAUGUAUUGGUAAUAUACAAUAUUUGAAAAAUCGUUAUGGACAAGGGUUUACCAUAAUGGUAAAACUACGUUAUAUUGAAAAUUCCGAUGUUACUGAACUAAAAUCUGAUAUAGAACGUCAGUUUUCUCCAGACAUUAAUUUAAAAGACGAACAUAAGGGUUUAUUGCAUUAUCACAUUACAAAUCCAAAUAUACCAUUGUCCGAGAUAUUUGGUCAGAUGAAAGUAAUUAAAGAAAAUUAUCCUAUAGUUGAAGACUAUACUGUUAGUGAUACAACUCUUGAACAAGUCUUCAUUGCAUUUGCAAAAAAACAGGCAGUUUUAAAUACAACAGCUUAA